CCAUCCACAAGGACACGAUGCCCGAUCACGAUAUCGAGAUGAUAACGAGCGAGCAGCUGCACGCAGCACUGCGCAAGUCGCAGAAGCACUUCAUCAUACUGGACUGCCGCAGCUCGCACGAGUACACGGAAAGCCACAUCCGGACGGCGGUUAACUUCUCCAUACCGUCGAUCAUGUUGCGCCGGUUUGCGGCCGGCAAGAUCGACAUCACAUCCACGAUCAAGUGCCGCGAUCUGAAGGAGCGCAUCCUGUCCUGCUACAAGGAGAGCACCUUCGUGCUGUACAACAACAGCAACGAGUCGGUCGGUGAUGGUGGUGGUGUUGCGGGCCGCGAAGAUCUCGUACUGCUGACCGGCGGCACCGCACCGGCAACGGUCGGUGGAAACAACGAUACCACGAUUAAUGUGCUGCACCGCAAGCUCAAACAAGAUGGCUGCCGGGUGGUCUGUCUCGAAGGUGGCUAUGCUAACUUUCGUCAGUCAUUUCCGGAGUGGUGCGAGGAUGAAGUCAUCAACGCAAAGCUGCAGACGGCCUGUGCCGCAACGGAGCAACUGAUGGGAUUAAGAUCCCUCCGCAUUUCGAUCCCAUUCUCGGACUCGGCGUGCAGCAGCAGCACCGAAUCGUCCGAUUGUGAAAGCAGCACCAACUACCUGUCCGAGGCGGCCGUUAGCGUCGAACCGGUGGAAAUACUGCCCGGUCUGUUCCUCGGUAAUGCAUCGCACAGCGAGGAUCUGAAGUCGCUGAAAAAGUACAACAUUAAAUACAUUCUGAACGUGACACCGGAUUUGCCGAAUGUGUUCGAACGGGACGGCCAGAUACGCUAUCUGCAGAUACCGAUCACCGAUCAUUGGUCGCAGGCAGGAGAUCUAGCGAACCAUUUUCCGGAUGCGAUCAAGUUUAUUGAUGAAGCCCGUUCGAAUGGGUGCGGCGUGCUGGUCCACUGUCUGGCCGGUGUGUCCCGCUCGGUGACGGUUACGCUCGCCUACCUGAUGUUCGCCCGGACACUCUCGCUGAACGAUGCCUUCCUGCUGGUUCGUUCACGCAAACCGGACGUUUCGCCCAACUUUCACUUUAUGCAGCAGCUGCACAGCUUCGAGCAGCAGCUUAACAUCGAUCCGACCCAGUCGGCCACCGCCAAACAAGCCCUCUACUCGGCCUCCGCUUCCUCUGCCGCCUCAUCCUGUUCAUCGUCUUCCGUUGGUGCUGGGGUUGGAGGUGGUGGUGUUGGUGUUGGCAGUGGAACAUCCGCGGGCGAUGCAGGAGGCGGUGGUGGUGGACAGCAUUCCGUGUCCACAACUCCAUUCAGUGCCAGCUCGGUAGGAUCGUCCGGUUCGGGUUCGGCUGGUAUAGAACCGCCGUCCCGUCACCACCAUCACCAUCAUCACCAUCCUGCCGCUCAGCAUCCUCAUCCACUGCAACCGAAGCACGCGCUGCAUCAGGUCCACUCGCGGCACGCCGUAAAGUACAACUGUGCGUGUGUGGAGGUCGAGUGCAAGUGUACGCAGGCGGCAAUCGAUCUGCUAGGGCCGUUCACUACCGGCAUUUCGCCCGAUUCCGGCAUCGAGUUCGACCGGUGGACACCGAGCAGCAAUACGCCGAAAUGAGAUACGGCCGGCGAGGGUGGGCGGUUCCAACUGCCGGACCACUUCCUCCCCGGCCAUGACGAUCAUGCUGCUGCUGCUGCCACUUCCGCCGCAGCCGCCAACACCGAGAACAACAGCUCCGAC